AUGACUAUUGAAGUCAUCCGGUACGGCAACCCUACAAGGCUUGUACGCUUUUCAUCGGUCACCUGCAAUCCAUUGUUGCAAGUGGUACACCACUCUUCUGCGACCGAACGUAGUAUCGAUAAUAUCAAUGAAUUAGCCAGGGCAUCUAAAACAAUCGCAGUGCCUGAAGAGUCUUCCACGCACGCAGCGUGUGUGGAGUCGUCGGCUUCUUCCAGGGAAUCCGAACUCGCCAACUCAGUGAAUGAAGUGGACGAAUUAGCAGCGGUAGCUAGUACCAGCGCAGAGCCCAAGCGAUGUUUUACGCAUGAACCAAACCCUGUGUGGUCGGGCAUAGCUUCCGUCAAACCUGAAGAAACCCUGCCGUCGCCUAAGGACCAUGCCCGCUCUUCACGUGGCAGAAAGCGUGUUCGUUUUGCCACUCCGACUGAGAGCCAAUUGGAAGAUGAAGGACUCAUAGAUGAUGUUCAACCUCAAGCGACGUUGUUUCGUGGUAAUCAAGCAGCGAACUCUCGAGCUAGCCACAGUUCUCUUCCUGAGUACUACCAUCAGGCUUCAGUCCACAGUGAAAAUGAGAUUGAAGAAGUGGAAGAAGAAGAUUUGACCAAAAACGAUGAAGCCUUGGCUAGAGCACUUGAUUCCGCAGUUAAUGGUGGAAACGAUCAAGAUGAGAGGGGCAUGAACUUCAAAGAUGAUGAAGCUUUAGCUCUGAAACUAGCCAAGGAGGCUCAUGGGGAUGACUGGCUCACUUGGCAAACAGCUAUUCAAAGGCGACAUUCCCGACCAAGUAUGGCCGAGCGAGCACCAUCUAGAUUUGAAUAG